AGUGGUAGUGACAUGAUGACAACCAUACUUCCAACGUCAGUAGGCAACCGAAGUUUACACGGUGAUGAGUAUCGAAGCUGAUGCUGACUGUUUGGUAGCAGCUAGUUAGCCAGCGAUUCCUCUCGGGCUACAACACUGGAAUCCUAGAGUAAAGUCCUAACAAUAUAGAACUGAGACGUUGUGUAGUUCCCUAGCUAGCUACACGACAGUGAAGAUGCAGUUAGUUGUAGGUUUAGGACUUUUGUACACGUUAAUUUCAUGCAGUUAUAGCUCUGGGUUCUAUCUUCCGGGUUUGGCCCCGGUAAGCUUUUGCGAAGAGGGAAAGGAUAGCGGCGACGACUGCCAGGCCCAGAUUCAGCUGUUUGUGAAUCGCCUUGACUCUGUGGAGUCCGUGUUGCCUUAUGAAUAUGAUGUGUUUGAUUUUUGCCAAGAUGAUCAGGAGAAGAGACCAUCGGAAAACCUUGGCCAGGUGCUGUUUGGAGAGAGAAUUGAGUCAUCGCCGUAUAAGUUUUCAUUCAUGAAACAGAAGACAUGUCAGAAGGUCUGUACCAAGUCAUAUGAUACUACAAGAAAGGACGAUCAGGCAAAACUGGAAUUUCUAAAGAAUGGAAUCCAGCUAAACUACCAACAUCACUGGAUCGUUGACAACAUGCCCGUCACGUGGUGCUAUGACGUGGAGGUCGAUCAGAAGUACUGCAACCCCGGCUUCCCCAUUGGCUGCUUCGUGACUCCAGAAGGCCACCCGAAAGACACCUGCGUCAUCAGUGCCCAGUUUAACAAGAAGAACACUUUCUACGUCUUCAAUCAUGUGGACAUCGUUAUAACCUAUCACAGCGGGGAGGAUGAGGGCUGGAGGGGGGCACGGUUAGUGGCAGCUACGCUACUGCCCAAAAGCAUCAAGCACAUUAACAAAGACAGCCCAACAUGUGAUGGACCCCCCAUGGAGGUCCCUGGAGAUUUCAAAGGCAACCUGGAUCUCACCUACACCUACUCCAUCACCUUUGAGAAAAACAAUAACAUCAAAUGGGCCUCCAGGUGGGACUACAUUUUGAUCUCCAUGCCUCACACCAACAUUCAGUGGUUCAGUAUAAUGAACUCCUUGGUCAUCGUGCUCUUCCUGUCUGGCAUGGUGGCCAUGAUCCUUCUGCGGACGCUUCACAAGGACAUCGCCCGGUACAACCAGGUGGACCAGGCAGACUUGGUAAAGAUACCGCCACAGCCCAAGAAUGCCUUUAUUUCCUAUGAAGAAGCACAGGAGGAGUCUGGGUGGAAGCAGGUUCACGGGGAUGUCUUCAGGCCUCCCAGGAUGGGCAUGUUGUUGUCUGUCUUCCUUGGGCAGGGAGUUCAGAUCUCCAUCAUGACUUUCAUUACUCUGUUUCUGGCCUGCCUGGGUUUCUUGUCUCCAGCCAAUCGCGGGGCUCUGAUGACAUGUGCAGUCGUCUUGUGGGUACUGCUGGGCACCCCAGCGGGCUAUGUGUCUGCCCACGUGUACAAGACUUUCGGCGGAGAGAAGUGGAAAACCAACGUCUUGCUGACCGCGCUGCUGUGUCCGGGGGUGAUAUUCGCCGAUUUCUUCCUCAUGAACCUGAUCCUGUGGGUGGAGGGGUCGUCGGCGGCCAUCCCCUUCGGAACGCUGGUGGCCAUCCUGGCGCUGUGGUUCGGCAUCUCCGUGCCGCUGACCUUCACCGGGGCCUACUUUGGCUUCAAGAAGCAGGCCAUCGAGCACCCGGUGCGGACCAAUCAGAUCCCUCGCCAGAUCCCCGAGCAGUCCUUCUUUACCAAACCCAUCCCUGGGAUCGUAAUGGGUGGCAUCCUGCCCUUCGGCUGCAUCUUCAUCCAACUCUUCUUCAUCCUCAACAGCAUAUGGUCCCAUCAGAUGUACUACAUGUUCGGCUUCCUGUUCCUGGUCUUCAUCAUCCUCCUCAUCACCUGCUCCGAGGCCACCAUCCUGCUGUGCUACUUUCACCUGUGUGCUGAGGACUACCACUGGUGGUGGAGGUCGUUCUUGACCAGCGGCUUCACGGCGGUGUAUCUGUUCGUCUACGCCGUGCACUACUUCUUCUCCAAGCUGCAGAUCAUCGGCGCCGCCAGCACCAUCCUCUACUUCGGCUACACCCUGAUCAUGGUGCUCAUAUUCUUCCUCUUCACCGGUACCAUCGGGUUUUUCGCCUGCUUCUGGUUCGUGAGUAAAAUCUACAGCGUGGUGAAGGUGGACUGAGGGCCGAUGGGGGCGCCCCUGAGCUCUCUCUCUCUCUCUCUCUGCUCUGAGCGCCGUGAGAAGCCGUCGCUCUACUCCUGUAAGAUGUGCACAGAGACAGGGGGGCCCCCUCUAUCUCCCCUGCUCGUUCGGAGGAAAGUUGAAGAAUAUAAAUGUAUUUUUUUAUAUUUUACUCUUAGGUUGCUGUUCUAAUUGUUGUUGCCGCUGUUAAUGUCGGAUAUCGAUAUGACCUGCACUGAAAGUGAAGGAGAUGGGGACCUUGUGUGAUGACUCCAAAGAUAUCUGUCAGUGCAUUUUUUAUUACUAAGGAGUACAUUGAGUACUUCUUUUGCCAGUUUUUUGCUACAUUUUGCUCUUGGCAUAUCCCUGUACAGCUAAGUAUGACUUAUUCUCAGAAACAGCUAGCAAAUAGGCAUUGUUGUAACCAUGUAAUACAUGGGUAAAAUGAUUUUGACGAUAAUCUAUACUUAGCUGUAUUGUAUAUUAAUUUUGACCUUUAACAUUGAUUUGAAAGAACAAAUGUGAAUGAAAUGGCAUUUAAAAAACAUUUUUGUAUUCUGUUCAUUUUCCAGUUUCUUUGCUGUUGAUAAGGUCUGAUCGCUGUUUUCUUUCUGUUUAAAAAGAUAUAGUAAGUAAGUCAUACUUACUUGAAGGACAGUCAUGUAUUUACAGUUUUUAAAUGGGAAAUUAAAAAGGCCCCAAAUCAUGCAAUGCUUUUAAACCCAGCAGUCUUUUCCGAUUCUUUUCCCACAGAUUUCUCUGCUGCACUUCUAAGAAAUACUGAACCUGAUUGGGGUUUCUUGAAUAAUCGUGAUAAGGUUUUUAUUUUUGUUUAAUAUUGUGGGUGUUUUUCUUUUGUUCUUAUUUGUUUGGGGAGUGGGGUGCCCGAGGGAAAAGGAUGCUGUACAUAAUGCUGUGUACGGUUUAUUUUUUUAGAGAUUGAACUAUGUCAUUGCCUUUUGUUUCAAAUCUGUGGGAACUUCCAGAAUUUAUACUUUGCUUUAAUAUCUACAUAAAAUAUAAAUAAAACGGCACACUCGCGA